AUGGAGCUUGAGUCUCAACGACGUGUAAAUGCUGUCGUUCUCAUGUACAACGUAUCCAGAUCGUCACCUCAGCAAAGAGGCAUCACUCUAACUAUCAUGUACUACCGUACAGACCACUCGGUCAGUUGGGGCCUGGCCGAGUUGCCGGCCGCUAAGAACGGAGACGUGCCCAAGCGCGAGUUUUGUGUAUCUCAUGGGACGACGUUUAUCAGCCGCCUCACGCGGACCCGUCCACUGAAUGACAUUUUGGGAAUGUCCGAUACACCCGAGCCGGUCAAGUUCGCUCUAAGAGAUCGCAUUUUCGGCUGGGAACUCCAUGGUAAAGUUGUCUUCAAGCAGCAGGAUGACACCGCCAACGAAAAGGUAGAAGAGGGCCACGUUAAGACCCAGGUUCAAGGCAAUGCCCUGACCAACGGAGGAGUAUUGGUCAUUACUGGCUCCGAUUAUCCCUUAGCCAUGAAAUUGGCAGCGUCGCCGAAUGCCGGCGGCUUAUUCCAUCCCAUGCCUUAUGGCAACUGGAAGACAGCUUGUGAGCUCAAGGUCUCUAGUGCCAUGAACCUGUAUUCCGUUCUGGCCGAUGUACCGCUUGGCUUUUUCCUGAUGACAAGUUCGGUGUUGGUUGUGCUCGGCACUCCUGCUUACCGCCGCGUACGUGCGGGCUCCUCUACCACAGCCUGCGUUCUCCUAAUGGUGCUACGCAUCGCUGUUGUGGCCGAGAACGUGGACCUUGGAGACAUACUCAAGCCCAAGGGCCGGUACGGCAUUGACGAAGAGCACCUGCUCCAGCCUUUUGGGGCCAGCAUCGCCGCCAAGCGGCUGGAACCUGUCCCGGACCAUGUCGUUAUCGGCCUUGAUCCGGCGCUCUGGCAAAAGGCCGUCCCAGACGGUGCGGCCACUGAUAGCUUCUGGCUCAAGGAUGCGCGCUGCAGCCACGUUGCCUCCUACAUCGAUUCUUCGAGGAACUCUGGCGCUGGAGCAGCACACAGAGCAUCUUGGCAGCCAUGA